CCAACAGGCGCCCCCGCCGUCGCCUUCCUUCCCUUCUGACGAUACCGAGGAGACCGAGGUCGCCCAGUUCCUCAUCGAGCUCCCCACCAAGACCGAUCCCUUCCUGCCGCCUCACCGCCCCCCCUUCCGCCUCUGGACCGACGUUCCCAUCGAGGACCGGGUCCAUGUCCAGGGGUCCCUGGCGGCGACCCGGGUCUCUUCCAGGGCCUCUCGUCGGUCUUCACCUCCGAGCUGUGGCGGUGCACCGGGUACGUUCCCAAGAAGUUUAAUUUCCGGUACAGGGAGUUUCCUUGCUGGGACGAGGAGGACGGCGAGAACCAGGCCAGCAGGGGGGCGGACGUGCUGUUCUCCCUGUCGAAGGAGAAGGAGGCUGUCCCUUGUGUACCCGUGAGGACUUUUGAGAGGAAAGUGUCUCCGGACAGGGUCAGGAAGGCAGAGGGAGAGAAAGCUUCAAGCGGUGGCGGCUGCUCGUUGAGUUCUGGGAAGAAGGAGAGGAGCAAGCUUCGCACUUUCGGGGCUUCUUCGGGUAAGAAGAGGAAGGAAGAGGCAGGGGAGGGGAAGGACCGGAGCGCAAAGAAGAAAUCUAGGAUUGAUGUCGACAAAGCUUUGGGUGAUAGUAAGAAGAGAGGUUCUGUUCCGAUCAUUGAUGUGAACAAAACUGAACUCCGGGAGGAUGGUGAUUUCCAGGUUGCAGACUCUGGUAUUCCAGAUAGGAAGAGCGGAGAUAGGAAGGAAGAGAUGCCGAUGGAGCCCAGCUCUACUGAUCACCCGGAAGGUACAGAUAAUGGCGUUGAUCACAAACACCUAAUUGAUGUAAAGGCUUCUGUGGAGGCAUUUUCUGGACAGGGGAUGAAACAAAAGAGUUCAAUGGAAAUACCCAUGAAGAUCGAGAAAGCUAUUCAGCCAGAUCCCGUAAGAACUGAAAUUCCUCAAAAAACUGAUGUUGGAUCUGACGGGAAAGGAAGUGUUCUACCUGAGGAAUCUGUGAAGGAAGAGGUUGUUGGCAAAGCUGGACAUGUUUUGAAACAACCGAAGGAUGAAAGCCAUUUCGAAGGGGGUGUAAAUGGAAGUGCAUGCAGUAUAAUGUUGGAAUUGGAGAAUUCAAAGCCUGCUACUGGUGAUCUCACGAAUAGUCAUCAUGCUGUGCUUGAAACUCCGAAUCUUUCUGAGUCAAGUAGUUUGAUUUUACCUAGCUCAAAACUGGAUAAAACUGAAGUGAAGAUUGAAAUGGGUGAUCACCAAUCUGCAGGAAACUCAAAAUCACCAUUUUAUCCUGUUACUGAUGGGAAGUUGCAUAGCAUGGAUCACUUGCCCUAUAAUCUUCAAAAGCCACCUGGUCAAUCAUCUGAGAGUCUUCGGGACAUUUUAAGUGUUACUGCUUCGCCAUUUGAUGAACCGAAAGCACAUGAUGUUAAAAAAGAACCAGAACUAAGUCAUCAAGGUUGUGACAAUAUGACAGAAGCAACAUUUGCUAGUUUUAAUGACCAUAAUCAAUGCGGGUUGGAAGUAGAGUCAGCAACAUCUCCACCAGAACAGGUUUCCUCAGAACUGAGGCAUUGUUUAGUAAAUGUUGAUGGAACCAUGAAAUCUGAUUCUCAAAAUCAGAGCCAUUCAGUGUUGGUGGACGGAAGUUGGUGUUAGGUGCUGGAAAAGCCUCUUCAACUUCAUCUGUACCUGUCAUAUCAAGAUCUGUUUCCGGUAUUUACAAGUCACAGAGCAUCAUGACAUCUUCAACAUCUAGAAAGGCUGUUCAUUUAAUUAAACAUCGAGUAAAGGUGAGUGCGUGUACAGUCAGCAAGAAAGACAAUGCAGCAACCGCUGUAUCUUCUGAAGAAAGCACGCAAGAGGUUUCAAGACAACCAGCAAAAGGCCAUCCAAAAGGAUCAAUAUCUUCUGGAUCUAAAUCAUCUCAAACAAGCAGAACUUUUGUUUCUGCUUCUAAGCAUACU